CGGUAAUGCACAUCAUAACGUUAUUUGCCAACUGCCAAAAAUAAUACAAGAAGAAGAAGAAGGCUACAGGCACGGCAUUCAAGAUGGCGGCCCCCUUGUGUCAGUGUUACCAGGUAUGUGUAAGAAGAGGCUCGGUUGCCUUCCCUUCCUCUUACCUGCUGCUACCGAACAGAACCCAUGUUUACAGGAUAUGUGGGCCCCCCUCAAGAUAUCCACAGCCUCCUCUUCUUCGGGUGCGGUAUAUGUCGGGUGAGAAGGGUGGAGGGAGAAAAGGUUUCUUGGGGGAGUUUUUGGACAAUCUAAAGCAUGAGCUGAACAAGAACAAAGAAAUGAAAGAAAACAUAAAGAAAUUCAGAGAAGAAGCCAAAAAACUAGAAGAAUCAGAUGCUCUGAAACAAGCGCGGAGGAAAUAUAAAACCAUAGAGUCGGAAACGGCGAAGACGUCCGAGGUUUUUAAGAAGAAAUUGGGAACUAUUUCUGAGACGGUUAAAGAGGGGCUGGAAGAGGUCAGUCGAACAGAAAUUGGCAAGAAAAUCAAAGAGGGAAUGGAGGAAGCAGCCAAAACGGCAAAGACAUCUGCAGAAACAGUCUCCAAGAGCGGAGAGAGGCUGGGGAAGACGGGGGCAUUCAGAGCAAUAUCUCAAAGCGUGGAGAAUGUGAAGAAGGAGAUUGGUGACCUUGGCCAAACUGGGCCUUACAAGCCUCCAGCCAGACUCCGAAAGAGGACAGAGUUCUCGUCCAAGGGGACAGGGGAAGACGGAAAGGUCUUCGCAGCCAACGAGGAAGCGAUGGGUGUGGUGCUGCACAAAGACUCCAAAUGGUACCAACAAUGGAAAGACUUCAAGGACAACAAUGUGGUCUUUAAUAGGUUCUUUGAGAUGAAGAUGAAGUACGAUGAGAGCAACAACGUCUUCAUCAGAGCUUCCCGUGCUGUCACUGACAAGAUGACCAACAUCAUAGGUGGUCUGUUUUCAAAGACAGAAAUGUCAGAGGUUUUAACAGAGAUCUUGAAGCUGGACCCUUCCUUUGACAAGGACUCCUUCCUGAAGCAAUGUGAACAAGACAUCAUCCCAAAUAUUCUGGAGGCGAUGAUCAGAGGGGAGCUGGAGGUACUGAAGGACUGGUGUUAUGAAGCGACAUACAGCCAGCUUGCACAUCCAAUUCAUCAAGCCAAAGCCAUGGGACUUCAGUUCCACUCUAAGAUUCUGGACAUAGACAAUAUAGACCUAGCCAUGGGAAAGAUGAUGGAGCAGGGUCCAGUGCUGAUUAUAACUUUCCAGGCUCAGCUGGUCAUGGUGAUUCGAAAUGCCAAGGGAGAAGUGGUGGAGGGAGACCCUGAUAAAGUGCUCAGGAUGAUGUACGUGUGGGCUCUGUGUCGAGACCAGGAAGAACUAAACCCAUAUGCCGCCUGGAGACUACUGGACAUCUCAGCCUCGAGCACUGAGCAGAUCCUCUAGGACUCUUUGAUGUGCACAAAACGUACAAACCCAGGGAGACAACAAGCUGUACGUCAACAGGCCCAGGAGCUGCCUGGAAAGAUUUGAGGGAGGGGAACACGUAUAGGAAUCAGCAGAUAUGGCACUGGCUCAUUUCACCACACAAACACCGUGGAGUAGUGUUGCUAACUGCUCUAGGUGCCUCACUGUGUCAGUUUUUUUUAACUGUAGUUUCUUUGGGAUUAACCUAUUUUUUCCUUGAGUGCCCGAGUUAUUUGUGGCUGUUCCUUUGGCUCACACUAGAGGGCAGCAGAACAUCAAACACUUUCACCUGAAGUAUAUUUGUGCAUAUGUUGUUAUGUUUGGAUGGCUUAUAUUCCUUUCAUUCCAAGGAAUAAUAAACGUAUUAAUUAAGAUUCAUCUAUUUUUUUGACUGAUUAAAGACACCAUGGAAAUUCAGGUAUUGUUUUGUCCAUAUCAUGUAGGUCAGGUUAGUUUCGCCUCUGUAAUCAGUCCGUCUUUCUCUUCCUCUGAUUUGUUGUCAGAGCUAAUCAAUGCUCUGCUGUUCUUAUUAUUACUUUUAUUUGUAUGAUAGUCACGCUAUGUAUUAAGCUGUCAACGAGUCUAUAUUUAUUAUAAAAAAAUAAAAUUAACCAUUUUUUCCCCAAAAUAA